AUGACGCUACGUUCAAAAUCCACGUCGCACAUUUCGGAAAUUCAAACGGUGAACGAUAAAAAGUAUUUACGAGAGAAUUCCAUUUCGACCGAAGACAAAUACAGAACCUACACUGUGGACGAUUUUGUAGAAAGAAGGAAACGUUUCUCAGGGAAUAUUACUGACGAAUCGAGGAAACUACAAUCCGUCAAUAGAUCCCAGAACUUUGUGAAGAAAAUAAUUGCUUCCUUCGAGAAUAAGAACGAAGUUUGCACAGCGAAUGACGAAUUUUUCACGAGGUAUUACAGAAGGAACAACCACGUGAAUUAUAAUUCUGAUUGCUCCUUCAACAGAAAGCUCGAAACUUGUGUCAAAAUGAAAAACAACGAGAUUCCUCCUGUUUCGAGUAUCGAAGCAAGUAAAAUAUCGGAAGAAUUUCACAGAAAACGGAAGAAUUUUAGACUGAACGUGCAUGCUGAAUAUCAUGAGCUUGUACACUCAAACAUUGAAAGUAGUAGAAAGGUUGUAUUAGAUAACUGUACUGAAAGUAGUAACUCUAUAAAAUCAACAGCUGAAACUUUCAACGAUCAAGAAAAUAAUUUUGAAAUAAACGAGAAAGAUAAAAAAUAUUGCAAGAGAGAUUACGUACAGUGUAAUUCAAAAAAUGACAACGUAAUCUGUUGCGAUCCCUCUACGUUCGAUCCUAGACGAGAUCGAGUCGAAUUGCAAAACCGGACCGACGUUAUGAAUUCCUACACUUUGAAAAGCGGUCGAAACAAUCACAAAGGCAAUACGUUAGAGAGGAUUUGUAAAUCUGAAUUUGGAACGAAUCUGAAACUGGAGAAAGAUUCGAGAAGGAAUACUUUCAAGAAAAGGUUCAAGGGUAGAAAUAGAUUUUUCAAGUGUUUCUUCGGGUCCGUGAUAAAGUGGAGGAAGUCAGAAGCUAAGGACAGAUCUCAACGUUUCAUGUUUCACGAUGAUCUGUUUGAAGAGACGAAUACGGUUCGUCCUAAAAGUAAUAAAAAAUCGAAGAGCUCUCCGUAUCAAACGAUCGUGUUUCAAGAAAACCUUGAACAGACGAACGAACGUAAGGCGACAAUUCAUCCCAUUUAUGAGGGCACAAGAAACAAACGACUUGCAAAGAAAAAUGAAGAUCGUAAACGUCUUAUGAUACAAGGGAAUAUGGAGAAUGUCGUGAAACCUUCCGCAAUCAAAAAUAUAGAUUUUUUUUACAAAGUAUGCAAGAAUUUCCUUACGUGUUAUCAGAAUACGAGGAAAUAAAUCCUCUUCUUUAUAAGCCCAUUAAUUCAACUCAACGAAUCAAGUAUACAUGUUUCAAUAUAUCUCCAAACUAUAUCGUAUUAGGUUCAACUAGUGGCAGUAUUUACUUAUUUUCAAGAAAACCAUGCUCCUUUAUACAAUUGAUACCCUUAUCGGAAGGAGCAGUUUCUUGUGUUCUCAUAUCACCUGAUGAGAAAACAAUUGCCUUAACAACAAUUCGUGGUUUAGUUUGUGUAGUAGCUUUAAAGCCUAUGCCAAAAUUGAUAGCCAUAUCAAGUGAACAUAUUUAUAAACAAAUUAACUGCCUUUGUUGGAACGAUAAUAGCUCUGAACUAUAUAUUGGAGAUGAGAAUGGAAAAGUUUCUGUUAUAGUGCUGUCUAUUUUUACAGUAAAUGGCAUGUUUCAAGCACCGGCCUGUACAUUGAUGAAUUUAGAUUCAACUAUUGUACAACUUAGCUUCUUAUCACCUUUAUUAUUAGUGUCAACUUUGACACGCUGUUACAUAUGUGAUACAAUACAAGAACAUUAUAAACAAAUAGGAAAUAAAGCACGCAAUGGAGAAUUUGGUGCUUGUUUCUAUAAAACAUACCUUACAGAAAAAAGUAAUAGCAAGGAGCAAAAUGAAAAUUUUCCUCAAAUAUUUUGUGCUAGACCAGGAUCUAGACUUUGGGAAGUGUCUGCAAAUGGAGUAGUGAUGAAAACUCAUCAGUUUAAAGAAGCACUUGCUAUUUCACCUACAGUAAUAUGUAGGCCAAAUAUUAGAAAGCUCAUUUAUCAAAAGCAAACUGAACAAAUCUGGCUGCCACAAUCUAUUAAUUUCUCCCAUCUGUUUGUUAUUGCAGAGACAUAUUUAUUUUCAUAUACGUCCACUGGUCUAUAUAUUAUUGAUCCGCUGAGUGCAACUGUGGUACUAUGGAAUAACGAAUUUUCAAAUAUAACUUUCGCGGAGACUAUAGAAAACAAGAUAUAUUUAAUGACAUCUGAUGGUGAAUUUCACUGUUUAGUUUUGUCUUUCCUAGAUUCCUUAAUAUUACGACUGUACAGCCAGAAAAAAUAUUACGAAUGUUUAGAGAUAUGCCUGAUGUAUAAAGUACAAUUAAAGAAAUUAAUAAAGAAUAGUAUUGUAAUCGUUAAUUGCGGAAAUUCAGAUCUGAAAAAUGAAGAAAGUUUUAAAUUUCAUUCUGUAUCCCAUUGCUCUCUUCAAAAUGAAAGUCUUUCUGAAACUGAAUUAAUAACAGAAAAGAAAAUAUCAACCAAUGACUUUGAUAAUAAAGUGAAAAGGGAUGGGGACACAAAUUGCAAUACAGCGGAGAAAAUAGAAGAAAGUCAAGAGGAAACCAAAGAGAUAAUGAAUUCAAAUAAAAGUGUAACACAAAGAAUACAAGCAGAUUUGGAAAUUAUAUAUACAUUAGUUGGUAAUAUUAAGCCUUUAAUGGAUGAAGAAGAAUUAGAAAAAAUAAUUUUAGAUAUAGAUUGGAGGAUGAAUGUUAUCAAAGAUUCAUAUGAAAACUUAGAUGAAUUAAAGAAUUUUAUAUAUGAAGUAUUAAGAAGCGUAGAACUAUAUUAUUUUAAUGUUCUAUUAGAAAAUGUUUCAAUACAACUAAUACAGUCUACAGAUAACGAAAAUAUUAUAAAACAGAUAAUGAAAACUUUUGUUAAUGUGAAUACACAGAGUUGCAGAAAAUGUACCUGUGGUAGUGUGUAUCCAAUGAACGAACUAAUAGAACCAAAGUUCCUGGAAAUUGGUAGAUCCCUUCUUAAGAAAAUGUUAGAUGAAUGUAAGGAGCACUGUAUAAGUUUAUGUAACAAAAUACCUUACAUGUGGCGAGAAUUCUUGCCACUUUACACAGAACAGCAUGGUAUUAUGUCGAAUGAUCUAAUACGUCAAUGCCUCCAAACUAGAGAUAAUAUUGUAUUUUCCAUUCUUUUACCUUUAUUGGAUGGAAAACAUUGGAACUAUAUUGCAACAUAUACAAAAGAAAUACAAGAAGGACAGUGUCUAUUCUGUGGAAAAUCUAUGAAAAGAGGAAAUCACGAAGAGUGGGUAAACUGGACUGCUGUGAUAUAUGAAAUCAUGAAAAAACAGGGACCUGACAUUGCCAUGACACUAUUAAUAAAAUUAGAAAAAACUAUUCCAAACAUUCAUAUUGAUAGAAGUAUAUUUCAAUCUUUAGUAUUUACAAAACUUUUAUACCAUCAUGGAAUGAAAUGUACCAUUAAUUUUAAUAAAAAUAACUUGGAAUCAUCUGAAUAUGAUACAAUAUGUUCUACAAAGAUUCAAGACCAAUUGGUAGAAAUUCUCAAAAAAGACUUAAAUAAAACUAUUAAUAAAAAUGUUUUCGAGAAUGGGCCACAUCAUUGGGGAAUGCGUUAUCAAAAUAAAUUACCUACAUGUUCUUGUUGCACAUUGUCCCUUCAAACACCAGUUUUAUUAGGUAAUAAUGGAAUUGCAAUAUUUAAUUGUGGCCAUGCUUAUCAUGUAAAUUGUAUGAUAGAAAAAAAACUCACUGCCUGCAAUCUUCAUUCUUAAUUAUACAUGCACACACACAAACAUACAAAUAAAUCUUAUAAAAGAAAAUACGAAUAUUAAUGUGUAUAUGUAGCUCUUAUUAAAAUGGUUUCCAAAAAGAAAAAUUGUACACUAUUUAUUUGGUUUUUAAAAAAUUUGACUGUGCAUACUCAUAUAAACGUAUUUACAAAUUUAUUGUCGAAAUACAAAUUAUUAUCACAGACAAGUCUCAUGUUUUAACAAUGAAAUUGAGAUUGAAUUUAAUAAAUCUUUUUUAUGAUAUAUAUAAGGAAAUGUAAAUAUUUUAUCAAGUACAAUUUUGUUUGUAUAGACAAGUAAUAAAAAUUAAUUGUAAUUAGUACACGUGUAAAAUAAGUACAUGAAUAAAAAUUAAGCAGUUCUUAUGUAGUAAGCAAAGUACAUUUCUUAAAUUAGUCAUUAAAAUAUAUAAAGUUGUGGAAAUACUUAUAAUAAAUUAAAAGUCCUAGUCAAAUAAUUCAUUAUAUUUACUGAUUGUUAUAUUUCUAAAAUUUUAAUUUAAUUUUAAAAAAAUAAUAUACUUUAUAUUUACAUAUAUAUCAUAACUUUUUUUAUACCUCUG